AUGGAAUGGCUGAAUCCAAAGAAUGUUACUGAAGUAAGAAGUUUCUUAGGCUUAGCAGACUAUUACAGGAAGUUUGUGGUAAAUUUUUCUAAAAUUGCCCGACCGUUGUUUGAGUUUCUUAAAAAGGGAGUUCGGUUUCGAUGGGGCGAGAAGCAUAGUAAAUCACUAGAAGAGCUUAAGAAGAGACUUACUACUGCACCUGUGUUGACCAUGCCCGACUGUGGGAAAGCAUUUGUGGUAUAUUGUGAUGCAUCGAAGGAAGGUUUGGGAUGUGUGCUAAUGCAAGAAGGUAAAGUAGUAGCUUAUGUGUCCAGGCAAUUAAGGCCACACGAGUUGAAUUAA